CUCCGCCCCGUUUCCGCCGUCAUGGCGGCCGGAGCCCGGCGGCGGCGGUGGCGGCCGAGCCCGGCUGCGGGAGCCGGAGGCGGCAGCAGCGGUGGCGGCGAUGUGAGGCGAGGCUGAGGCCGAGGCGAGGCGGCGCCAUGUCGGGCUGCGUGUGGGGCGCGGCGCCGCCGCCGCCGCCGCCGCUGCUGCUGGAGGCGCUGGGCCGGCUGUGGGAGGUGCAGGCGCCGCUGGGCAGCGGCUCCUCGGCCUCCGUGUACCGGGUGCGCUGCUGCGGGGACCCGCGGGCCCCCCCGGGCGCCGUCAAGGAGUUCGUGGCUCCCCCGGCGCGGCCCGGCCCCGCUCGGCGCCCCGCUGCCCGCCCGGCCGCCGCCGACUGCGCCGAGUACGGGUUCCGCAAGGAGCGGGCCGCCCUCGAGCACCUCCGCGGCCACCGCAACAUCGUGACGCUGUACGGCGUGUUCACCAACCACUACUCUGCAAACGGCCCGUCUCGCUGUCUGCUGCUGGAGCUGCUGGACAUCAGCGUGUCCGAGCUGCUGCUGCACUCCAGCAACCAGGGCUGCUCCAUGUGGAUGAUCCAGCACUGUGCCCGAGAUGUUCUGGAAGCCCUGGCUUUCCUGCACCACAAAGGCUACGUGCACGCGGACCUCAAGCCACGCAACAUCCUGUGGAGCGCGGAGGAGGAGUGCUUUAAGCUCAUUGACUUUGGACUUAGCUUCAAAGAGGGGAAUCAGGAUGUGAAAUAUAUUCAAACAGACGGGUAUCGGGCUCCAGAGGCAGAACUGCAGAACUGCCUGGCACAGGCAGGGCUCCAGAGCGAGACGGAGUGUACCUCUGCUGUGGAUCUGUGGAGUCUGGGAAUCGUUUUACUGGAAAUGUUCUCAGGAAUGAAACUGAAACAUACAGUCCAAUCUCAGGAAUGGAAGGCAAACAGUUCUGCCAUCAUCGACCGCAUCUUUGCCAGUGAAGGGGUGGUUAAUUCAGCCAUUCCAGCUUAUCACCUCAGAGACCUUAUCAAAAGCAUGCUUCAUUGUGACCAAGGAAAGCGAGCCUCCGCUGAAAAGGCUUUAUGCAGCCCGUUCUUCAGCAUUCCCUUUGCUCCCCAUAUCGAAGAUUUGGUGAUGCUCCCCACGCCUGUGCUGAGGCUGCUAAACGUUCUAAGCGAUGCUUCUCUGCAGAGCGAAGAAGAAUACGAAGAUAUCCUGGAAGACAUAAGAGAGGAGUGUCAGAAGUACGGACCGGUGGUUUCCUUGCUUAUUCCAAAGGAGAAUCCUGGGAAAGGCCAAGUCUUUGUUGAAUAUGCAAAUGCUGGUGAUUCCAAAGCUGCCCAAAAAAUGCUGACUGGAAAGAUUUUUGAUGGCAAGUUUGUUGUGGCUACGUUUUACCCAUUGAGUGCCUAUAAGAGAGGAUACCUGUACCAAAACUUGCUGUAGGCAGUAGCAACAAUCAGGAGAGUUGUCUCGCUCCUCUUCCUCACGUGUUUUACAGUUGAAUGUACAAAAGAGCUUCCUAGCCCUG